AUGAGCAACGACACUUUCAUUGAUCCCGGGCAGGGCAUCACCGGCGGCCUCGCCGAUGGCCCCUGGGAGAUCAAAACCGUUCUCGCGACUCUUGCCGCCGUCGCUUGGUAUAAUGCUCUCGAACUGAUAGUGCUCGUUUUUGUCACCUUUCGCGAGUAUCAUGGCCUUUACUUCUGGAGUCUUUUGGUUUCCGCAUCGGUCGGGCUCGUGCCCUAUUCCUUGGGCUUUCUGCUCAAGUUCUUUGAGGUCUGGUCUGCUUGGCUGUCUGCGUCGUUUAUCACAGUAGGAUGGUACUGCAUGGUCACCGGGCAGUCUGUCGUCCUUUACUCCCGUCUACACCUAGUCAUGCGCAACCAGCGUGUCCUCCGUCGCGUCCUAAUCAUGAUCUGCGUCAACGUAUUUAUCCUACACAUUCCAACAACAGUCCUAACCUACGGCUCCAACAUCGCUCCCAAAGAAGACCAACACCCCUACAUGCGCGGCUACAACGCCAUGGAGAAAAUCCAAAUGACCGGCUUCUGCAUCCAGGAAUUUAUCAUCUCCGGCCUGUACAUCUGGGAAACAACAAAACUGCUGCGCCUCGAUCCAGACCGCAGCAAACACAAGGUCAUGUACCAGCUCAUCAUCAUCAACCUCAUCAUCAUCUUCAUGGACCUGGGUCUGCUCAUCAUCGAGUACAUCGGGCUAUACAUCAUGGAAACAAUGAUCAAAGGCGUGGUCUACAGCAUAAAACUAAAACUCGAAUUCGCAGUGCUCGGGAAACUAGUCCGUCUCGUCCACUGCCAUAUCUGGAAAACAGAUUCUGUGGUCCUGCAUCACCACGACCAUCCGAGAUUUCAUCGCCAUACGCCAACUGGGCAUCAUCUUCCGGAUUUUGUCGAUACCACUCGCGUCACGACGGAUCUUACACAUGCCCCAACUGUUACUACUACUGCGUCGACUGUUAAGACUCGACGACCGAGUACGCUUCCUCCUGCCGUCGCUACACGUCGUCGCUCGGUGCCGGGGAUGGACUAUGAUGCUAUAUCGAUCGCUAUGUUUGAACACUCACCUCCAUCGCGAACCUUCAACUCUUCUCGUUCCGAUAUCGCGCCGGAGGAUCUGGAAGCUCCUCGUCAUUCCCACCAUGCCAACAACAGCGAUCACGACCACGACCUAGAAACCAGCCCCUCUGAAUUCUCAAAAUGGAGCGGCGACACCCGCACCGUCACGAACAACAGCGCCACAACCACGACCUAUCCGGUUGAUUUUACAGAGUCGCUGGAUAAGCAGUGUUCUGCAUGGCCGUCAUAA